AUGAAGCAACUUUCCAAAGAUGAGCUAGCUGCUCUAGCCGGCAAUUACUUCGCUCCGGAGGGACUAUAUCAGUAUAUCAAGGAGUUGCCUUUCUUGAGUAGCUUACAAUGCAACACGACUAGCCUCGUCGCCGGGCAAUGGACAGAAGUGAUCAUCACUUACACCGUUGGGGGAAGUGGACUGGCUGACGGGGCAUGGAUCAAGGGCACUUUCAAGUUUUAUUCGGACUGGGCUCUUUUGCAAACGUCAGACGAGAAGGCCGACAAUUAUGUAUCUGCGGAAUAUGAGCCUGGCCAGUUGCUGCCGUCUCAGACACCUGCCACGGUUCAAAGCCUAUCAGUGCGCUUCGAUCAAAAGGGGCACGAGAGGCCUUUUCAGAAGGCCAUAAUAAUUGAUAUCGUUGACGGAUACCUCAAUCCCGGGGACAAAAUUGUCGUUCGCAUCGGCGAUACACGGUUUGGCGCCAGAGGAACUCGAGUUCAGACAUUUGUCGAAGAGGACUUCCGCAUGAGGUGGUAUAUCGAUCCUGUCGGAACCUCUCGAUUUGCGCCCAUCAAACCGGAUUUGUCUUUCAACAUUUUCAGUGGUGAUAUUGCAAAGCUGAAGGUUAUCACCCCAAGGGUUGUUGGCCCAGGUAUUGAUUUUCCAGUCCACAUCCACACCGAGGAUGUCUGGGGUAAUGCGACAGUGAACCAAUUCGGUCUUCACGCCCAGAUCAAAAUCAAUGCUGAAGACAGUGGCAGCACCCUAGUUGAAACGCAAGUGCCUUUGAGCAGCGGCGGAUGGACCACUGGCUCAAGCAUCGUGUCCUUAACAGCUGAAGGAGAACACCUGGUAACCGUGGCGCUGGUAGAUGAGAAAGGCACUACUAUACAAGAACGCAAAGACAAGGUCUCUGUGACUAGCCAUCUGGGUAUCCCUCGGGUGUUGUAUGCCGAUCUCCACGUACACUCUGACGACACAGUCGGCACGAAUUCGACGACAUACAACUUUUCCUACGCCCAGAAAAUUGCUGGCCUGGAUAUCAUUGGAUAUACGGCAAACGAUUUCAACAUCACCAAGGAUCGCUGGGAAAAGACAAUUGAUAUCAUCAAAGAAACCAGCAAGCCAGGGGAAGUGGUCAUCUUUCCCGGGACUGAAUGGUGCGGAAACUCGGCGGCAGGAGGUGACCACAACGUCGUGUUCCUCGACGACCCCUCCAAGCCCACUGAAUUCCCGCUGGAUAGACACGGCAACGUGGCCAGGAGCUUCGAAUGGAACGAACAUGGCCCAGCUGAGUUGCAGCCUGGGACGUGGCCGCUCGACGAGGUCUACGCAACUUACGCGCACUCACCAGAAUCGCACCUCUUGAUUCCACAUGUUGGUGGUCGGAGGUGUAACCUAGCAUGGCACCAUCCGCAGCUCGAGAGGCUCCUCGAAAUCGGCAGCGCGUGGGGUCACUUCGAGUGGCUCUUGCAGGACGCUGUGCGGAGGGGCUGGAAAAUGGGAGUUUGCGCCAAUUCCGACGAGCAUCGUGGACGGUGUGGUGGCGGUGUUCCUGGAACGGCAGUAUUUGGUACCAAGGGUGGCCUGACAGGCGUUCUUGCUCCGUCGUUGGACCGGCUGGCUGUUGGCAAAGCUCUCAGGGCUCGCCAUACCUUUGCCACAACCGGGGAGAGACUGGUUGGCCUGGCUUAUAUCAGCAGUGAGGGGACAAUCCAGGGUGACGAUGUUCGUGUGAGCUCUCAGGGUGAGGUGAGUGUGGACUACGCUUUCCACGGGUCGAGUGGAUUCUCCUCGAUCGAGGCGUGGGAUGCCAGUGGUAUCAUCUGGCAACGUAACCUGCGAUCGGAGUCUAGUCGGACACUUUCGGGCUUACCAUCGAAGAAGACGCUUGUGAUCAAAUGGGGUGGAGCGAGGCUCUACGACCGUUACCGAGAAGCAGUAUGGACAGGCACCAUUGAAACAAUUGGGGCUGUCAAGAUUGGCAAUGUCCAGCCCUUUGGCGGAGUUCUUGAUGUCCCAGAAGAGGUGGUUGCACAGAAGUCAGAUAACUUGGUGUCCUUCGAGACUCACACCAGUGGCGAUUUUGACGGGGUGUUGGUAUCCUUCGAGGAUAACGUGAGGCUUCCUGGUGCCAUCAAGAUUCAGGGCACGCUGGGCGGCUACGUCAAGGUUGGGGAUCCUCUGAAAGGCAAUCCUCAUAAGGCCCAGCCCACGUUCGAAUUUGAAGCUCCGAUCCAGGAGCUUGAUGGAAAUGGCGGGCAGAGAUGGGAGAUAGCCGGAGGAGCUGGACUCUUUGUCAGUGCCGAGCUGGUUGACGAUGUGGCUUUGCCGACCCAAGUGGUAGGGGCCGUCUCCAUUCCUGCUCGUGCUCCAGGCCAGCACCAGUCUGUAUACCUUGUUGGGCGCGAGUGGGAUGGAGGCAAGGUGAUCACAAGCCCGCUCUUCUUGGAAUGGACCUGA